AUGAUUCUAUUCAAAGGACGUUCAUAUCGCAAGCAGUAUAAUCCCAUGAAGCCAAUAAAAAUAGGCUACAAAGUUUGGUGCUUGGCAGAUUCCAAAUCAGGGUAUGUCCUGACGUUCGCAAUUUAUACUGGAAAGUCCAAUUCGAGUCCUUCACCAGGCGAUACGCUAGGUGAAUGGAUUGUUAUCAAUCUGUCCGUCCAUCUACGAAACACUGGGGUCUUGGUUACCUUCGAUAACUUUUUCAUGUCCAUAAAUCUUAUGAACGAGCUGAGAACCAGAAAAAUUUACGCAGUAGGUGCAGUCAGAAAUAACCGUAAAGGCUUAUCAGGUGCAUUGAAAGAAAAAACGAAGAUGAACAGAGGGGAGUACACCUAUAAGACUAAAGGAUGUGUCGCAGCAAAUAAAAGGAUAAACUCUAUGCCUGUUUUUAUGUUGACAAACGUCAACAAUCCUGCUGCUGUUACUUCUGUCAAUAGGAAAAAUAAAGACGGUACAAAAAGUACUGUUCCUUGUCCAGCAGCAAUCUCUCAUUAUAACACUCGUAUAGGAGCCGUUCAUCGUUUUGAUCAGUUCAGAGAAAGAUACGCUAUAGGAAGAUUCACUCUAAAAAAGUACUCCGAGUAG